AGCGCCGGUGGGGUGUCAGGCGGGAGUGCGCGGCGAUGGGGGCCCGCGGGCUGGAGGCGGCGGUCGUGGAGCUGGCGCCGGGGGAGGCCCGCGAGAGCAGUACAGACGGUCAGCCUGUGGUGAUCCUUCUAGGAUGGGCAGGUUGCCAGGACAGAUACCUGGCCAAAUACAGUGCAAUCUACAGUCAGAAGGGGUGCACCGUCAUCCGCUACACGGCUCCGUGGAGGAUGAUCUUCUUCUCUGAGAGCUUUGGCAUCAGAUCUCUCCAGACCCCAGCCAGGCGACUCUUGGACCUGCUCUUUGACUACAGUGUUGAAAACAGACCGAUUCUUUUUCACGUUUUCAGCAAUGGUGGUGUCAUGCUGUACCGUUACGUCAUUGACGCGCUCCACGCUCACAAGCCAUUUAAGAACCUCAAAGUAGCGGGCACCAUUUUUGAUAGUGCUCCCGGCAGAAGAAACUUGAGAGGAAGCCUUCGUGCCUUGGCAACUGUCUUGGUAUCCACAAAUGUGCUGCUGAAGUAUUUCCUUUUUUUUGCUUUUGCCACUACAGCUUUUGUGCUGCGGAUCCUGCUGUACCCAUUGACCCGCUUCAUCCACGAGAGCCAUUACGAUGCCCUGCUGAAAGCGCCCUCGCGGUGGCCUGAGCUUUACCUCUAUUCCCAGGCUGAUGCCAUCAUCAAGGCCAGCGAUGUGAAGCACAUGGCUGAUGCCCGGCAGCAGCUCGGUGUCUCUGUGAAAACUGUGGACUUCUCAGAUUCGGCUCACGUCAGCCACAUGCGGGUGUAUCCCACCUACUACAGCAACCUCUGCACCACUUUCCUGGCUGACUGUGUCGGGGACUCGCCUCGUUAGUGGUGUAAUGGCCUCCAGUGUUUGCCUCUGCUUUGCUCAGCUUGUGUGGGAAAUGUGUCUUUGAAGGGAGAAAAGUAGAGACUUCUCAGCUUUUUUUUUGUUUUUCAUUCACCGUCUACAAGUCUGAAAGCCUCCAGGCUUUGGGCCAGCCAUGCUGUAGCAGAAAGUAGACAUGGAUUAAUUUAAAGUACUGAAGGUGAAAUCUUAGCGUGGUUGAAGUUGAUGUUCUUUACCAAGGUGUCACAGAACAGAAUUUCACACAGAGUGUUAUUUGUUUCUUCCUGUCUCCUAUUGUUCUCUGCUUUCCAUAUUGUCUGCUUGUCACUGAUGUCCAAUGUGCAUGUUCUGUUGCCUUGUACUGAUUUUACAAUACAAGCUCUUCCAUGUCUUUGUUGUUUUUUUCCUUUCUGCCAUUUCUUUUUUUUUUUUUUAUCUUGCACUGAGCAAACAGAAGCAGCUCUGCAGGACUUUUCACUCGGUGCAUCCCAGCUCUUGUUAUACUCCUUGCUGGAGAUCAGGCCCAGAAACCAAGUGUAAGACCUGGAAAGGGCUUGUGCAGGGUGGUAUGACCAGACUGUCUUCCAGUUCCAUUGAAUAAGCUGAGAUAGAGCAGUUAAAACUCUGAUCCUUGAUGGGAACUCAAAUGUUUGUGAUAACUUCAGUGUUCUCCAACCAAAAGAUUUAAGUUAACUUUUUUGAAUGUGUCUUGUGUUUUGUUUCUCUUCUUUCCAGUCUUUCAUGUGUUCUUCUAAAUAGUUUUGCUUUCUUGGAGAACUGCUCGUUUAUUAUUGUGUGUCUGUGAGCAGCCUGUAUUGUGCAUCUGGAAACGCAGGAAAACUGGCACAGCUGUAACCCAAAAGACCUCAGAAAUAGAAAAGUGGAACUGCAGAGAAAAAUGAAACUGUCUCUUGGAGCUAUGAUUUAUACUGGGUAUUUCUUAAAUCACUUCCAGCCCACAAAUGACCACGAAAUUCAAUGUUUUUUUCCCAUAAUGUUCUCUUCAGAUGAUAAGUUUUUCCUGUCUGUGCAGCAUGUACUGGUAAUACAAGAAAUUAACACCUUCCA